AUGGCUGCAAACGACCGCUUCUCAGGCUUGUUGCUCUUCGUUCAACAUCAUUUCUUCCUUUCCACCUUGGUUAUCGCUGGAUUUGCACUCGUUGGGUACAAGAUUGCAACAUACGAUAAACGUCAUCGGCACCUACCUCCAGAAGUUCCAGGAUGGCCAAUUGUCAACCAGACACUGUUGCAACAGCAGGAAGACGCACCGCCCAUUCUUCGCGGAUGGGCAGAGAAAUACGGCGAAAUCUUCAGGACCAAGGCCGGGGUCACAACCUUCAUCUGGCUCAACUCUCCUGAAUCCGUCAAAGAGCUUUUCGACAGGCGUUCAGCGAUCUACUCCAGUCGGCAUGAGAUGCCAAUGGCAUUUCAAUAUGCAACGGGAGGCAAAAGAAUUACUCUCUCCCCGUACAAUGCAAUCUGGAGGACUUCGCGCGCCGUCUUCCAUAAAGUUCUCACCCCGAAGAUGGCGGAAGAAUAUUCCGUUAUCCAAGGUUUCGAGGCAAAACAACUCAGCGUCGAUUUGCUCAACAAGCCUCGCGACUUCUACAAGCAUAACCGGCGCUAUGCAGCGAGCGUCAUCUUCCAGGUGACUUACGGGUGGCGGAUCCCGGAGUGGGACUGUGACGAUGUAAGAAACAUCUUUGACGUUCUUGGUCGCUUCGUGCAGGUCCGGCGGCCAGGACAGUGGACGGUGGAUGUCGUGCCAGGUUUCGCAGACGAUCCCAUAUUCAACAUGUUCUCGAACUGGAAGAAAGUCGGACGCAGUUUCCACGACAAGGACAACGCCAUCUUCAUGGAAUUCUGGAACCGACUGAAGAGGUCGAUAGAGGAUGGAACCGCGGCUCAUUGCUUUGGUAAGGUCCUGCAAUCGAGCUAUGAGAAACAAGGGUUAAAUGAGAGCCAAGCGGCCUGGAUAUGUGGCGGAUUGCUGGAAGCGGGUAGCGAAACGACGUCCUCGACGCUCAACAACUUCAUUCUCCUCGCGCUGUCGAACCCCGAAUCCAUCCGGUUGGCGCAUGAGGAACUCGAUCGUGUGGUAGGAACUUCCAGGACGCCGACCUUCGCGGAUGAGCGUGAUCUGCCGUUCAUCCGUGGGAUGGUCAAGGAGACUCUUCGCCUCCGUCCGAUCAACAAGUUCGGCAACAACCACUGCAACACUGAAGAUGACUGGUACAAGGGAUACUUCAUACCAAAGGGGUCCAUCGUCAUGGCCAACUGGUGGGCGAUCCAGUUCGACCCCAACCGCUUCCCAGAACCUGACAAAUUCCUGCCUGGGCGCUGGCUUGAUUACCCCUACACUGCUGCGCAAGCAGCUGCCAUCGCGGAUGGCACGAAGAGAGACCACUUCACAUAUGGCGGAGGCCGACGGAUAUGUGCUGGAAUGCAUGUGGCGGAGAAGAGUCUGUUCAUCAACAUUGCAAGACUGAUGUGGGGGUUCGAUAUGGCUGCCGUCGAUGGUUUCCCGUUGGAUUUCACGAUCAAGGGCAUGCAGCCGGGGAGUGGGACGAUUCCGAAGCCAUUUGAGUGUGCCAUCACGCCCAGAUCAGAGCAGCACGAGCGGUUGAUGAGGGACGAGUGGGCGCAGGCGGAGGAAGAAGGCAUUGACUUCUCUCACAUCAAGUGGUCUUCUUAG